AUCAUGUCCUACGUUGCUAACUUGACGUUUCUUUUCAACAUGUCUCCCUCGCAGACUCUCGUCCAUUAUUAGAAGCUUCUGGAUAUUUUGUGAAACUGCUUCGUUUUGUUAGCACUAAGCUAACGGGCCGUUAGUCAGCCAGGACCCAGAAAAACAGCAGCAGCAUCAUCAUCAAUGGUUUGUCUACAUCCCGGAGCCGUCACAUUUUCCUGUGUCCGCUCAAUGAACCAUCUCCUCAGCUCUCAUCACGGCUGCACAUGUAUGGCGUUUGCGAGGCUUGGAGGGGAGUUUUGCCAAGCCCAGCACCUGCUGCUUAUUGUGGACAAGUGAAUAGGAGACGUCAGCUAGGCACACUCACUGCCAUUCACGCACACAGGUCCCUACUGCCAUCCCGUUCAACCCUUAUGAAGAAGAGCCACCCUGCAGUCUGUGAGCUGUCUCGGAGAGAGGGGCAAGCAUUGGUUUCAGCCUGGGGGUUUCCUCUCUGCUCUUCUUCUUUCCAGCUUUUCCUCUCCUCCUCUUCUUCUUCUGCUGUGAUUUGUACAAGUCUUCUCUGAAUGGGCUAAUAGAGUUGAAAGAAAAGGAGGAGAGAUCUGAUCUUUUUCAGUCUUGAUUCAAUCCGCCAGAGUUUAACUCUUGCCAAGCCAAUUUUACUUUUACUUUAUUGCCAAGGCAAUUUUUUUUUCUAUUUCUUGACCAAAAUUUUGUAUUUUCGUGAGAUUGAUUUAGUAACAUUCACUAAAAAACACUAUUGUUUUUCUUUAAGUGGGAAGAUUUUGUUUGUUUGUUUGCUUUGCAUUUUGUUUUUUAACAGUCAGAAGGGUUUUUCCUCAGACUCUGUUACUCCACUCUUUGAAGCACAGUACUUUCCAGACUUUUAUUCUUUAUUAAUAAGCUUCUCUGGGUAUAAAAAUGAACCGGCCGGCUCCAGUGGAGAUCUCCUAUGACUGUCUGAGAUUCCUCAUCACGCACAAUCCCACCAAUGCACAACUCGGAAGGUUUAUAGAGGAUCUGAAAGCAUUCGGAGUAAACACCUUAGUGCGAGUGUGCGCUGCCACGUAUGACAAGACACCGGUGGAACAAGAAGGCAUCCAGGUUCUGGAUUGGCCAUUUGAUGAUGGAUCCGCCCCCCCAGACCAGGUGGUCGAUGAUUGGCUGAGCCUUCUGCAGACAAAGUUUCGAGACGAGCCUGGCUCCUGUGUGGCUGUGCACUGUGUAGCUGGAUUGGGACGAGCGCCCGUGUUGGUGGCUCUGGCUCUAAUUGAAUGUGGGAUGGAAUACGAGGAUGCGGUGCACCUAAUAAGACAGAAGCGCCGUGGAGCUUUAAAUGCCAAGCAGCUGCAUUACCUGGAGAACUACAAGCCUAAACUGUGUCUGCGCUCCAAAGAUGCCAACGGGCAAAGCUGCUGUGUACAGUAGGACUCUUUGCAAAAAGAAAGUGGAGGUUUUAAAGGGUUUUUUUUCCGUUUCUUUGGUUUCAAACCUCCCCUGAACAUGUAGCAAAAACCCACAAAUACUUAAACAGAGAUUUAAAAGCUUGUUUGUCUGUAAUGUAAAAAUAAAAAACCCCAAUAAGAUGUGAUGAAUAAUGCAGCUGGCAGUGUGUUUGACAGUGUUCUAUAGUCUGCAGCUUGAUAUUUGCUCUAAGCUAAAUGCUGAAUAAAUAGAGGCUUGUUGGUUUAUUGCACAUCAAUCUACACAGUGACUGGGAGUGAUUUAUUUAUGAGUCUGUCCUCACUGAUCAAAUCAAUGUCCUGCAACCAGAAUGCCAGAAGAAUUCAGUUUGAAAACACACAAUAUUUAAGAUGAAAACAUAUGAUGACAUGUGUUCUCAGUGUGAUGCAAAUGUUAGAUUAUCUACUUUCCUUUUAUGUCCCAAAUCAGUCAUAAGCUUCUGUAGAACAAACUUGUGUUGGCUAUAAAUAUUUGGCGCUGACCUCCAUGGAAGUGGACUAACAUGUGGAAGAACAGUUGUUGAAUGUAUUACCAAAGGAACAUGUAAAGGCUUUGGUAGAUUAUCCUAGUAACUGAUAAGCAUUAAGAACAUAAUUAAAAUCAUCCAAAUAUUCUCAUUUCUUGCACAGCAUCAUACACGUUUGAGAGCCAGUGAACAGUAUGGGGUAUUAAUCUGCCCGCUAACACUAAAGCAUGGAUAAUCUGCUCGAUGAAAAUCUGUGAUCCACUCUCGGGUCCAUUCAGACGCAUUAAUGUUCACUAUUAGACGUUAGGGAAUAAGUUAGCAACACAAUCAUUCAGAUGAUUUUAGAGCCAAAGUUGUUCUCAUCUCUCUGAUCAAUAGGAUAAUCUCUCAAAUACUUUAUGUGUUCCUGUUGCAACAACCAUGUAAUGGCACUGUGGAGCCACAAUGGCUGCCACUGCAACAUUACUGGCCAUAGUUCUCAUCAAUCUCUGGCUCCACUUAGCUCUUCGGUCAGUGUUUGUAAGAUGUAUCUGGUCUUUGUGCCAUUAUUUUCUUAUAGAUUUUAUUUUAUUUGUUCCUUCCUGUAUCCUGUAUCUGUUUGUAUCUGUUAUUUAUUGUUUCUUUGUGAGAUGUUUGUCUGAUGGAUAGGGGGAAAAAAAUCUUAGUCUUGGAAAAUUAAAGUGUUUAGUAAUCAUAA